GGGCUUUUUCGGGCCACGCUCUAGACUGUCUAGCGGGCCUGGCCCGUCUAGCCAGCCACUCACUCAAACGGUGAUUCCUUCUCCGCGGAGGGCCACGGGCACGGCGACGCAUCCGGCUUCCGGCCCUCCUGUCCCCGGAGGUCACCGCCGCCGUCUUCGUGGGCGGCCAUACCGGCCACGAUGAAUAGCAUCAAGUCGGCUAUCUUCUCCGGCCAUCGGUCGCACCCCCACGUGGGGGCGGCGGCGGUCCCGCAGCAGCAGCUGGGGAGCACCGCUUCGUUCCACUCGACACCCAUUCUGCAGCGGAAGCACAAGACCCAGUGGCACAACAGAUUCAACUAUUAUACGAGACGUAGGAGGAACAGAGAAACUAAAAGGUCAAUGCUACGGAACAUGUCAGAAUAUGCAGAGUCUCUCUUUCAGAGUUGGCGUGAUGAAGAUGAGAAAAAUGCUGCAUCUGCUGGGCCUUCAUGGUUUAGAGGACAUCGUUGGGUCAGAAAUUCAAGCAACAAUGGUUUCCGUACACACGAUUUUUAUUACGGGAAUUUCAAAAGCAAAGGAGGAUUUGAGUUUUGCACAAGUGAUGAGGAUGAACCAGAGAAUCUGUUUCGUAAUGUUUUUCGAGACCAGCACACAUAUUAUUGGUCUUUUUCAUCUGAUAAUUUUCAGAGGAACUCCAAACGUGCUCGCUCACAAAAAUCCAGAAACUGGAGUUUUGAAACAGACGAGGAGGAUGAAGUAUCAGCUCCAUCAGAGGUAUCUUUGGCACGACAAGCUCUUGGGUUGAGCACUUCUGGUCCGCUUAAACUUGAAGAUGUUAAAAGCGCAUACCGAGCAUGUGCACUUAGAUGGCAUCCAGAUCGCCACAAUGGAUCAUCUAAGGUCCUCACUCAGCAUGCACAAGUCUACAGCGGAGGAGAAAUUCAAGCAUUGCAGUGCAGCAUACAAGACCUUAUGUGAUAGUUUGGCCGCUGCAUAGAUAAUUUUGAAUGAAGAUGGACUCUGGAUGAGCCCCUUCCAAACUUUCUAGCUGCAAAUUCUGAAGAGCUGCCACAUGCUUGUGGUAGCUCCGACCAUCCCAAUCCCAAGAGGCGGGAGUCGCAUUUCUUGGUUAUUGAGGCGAUUGAGUCAAUUCAAAAUUGACCGGAUAAUAUAUGUACUGUACCGUGUAAAAUUUUUUCUCACAGCUCAUUGUUGUAUUAUUUUUAUAGAUACGAAGAUAUUGUUCACACCACUCAAUAAAUUUUCUUGGCUGAGUUGUAUCACAAUUUAGGUUUGGAUGUUU